CAGUUAUUGAUUCAAGUGAAGUUUAUUCAUUUAUUAAAGAUUUACCGGAAAAAAAGCAAGAAUGCCCUUGUGUUUAUCACGAAGAAGAAUUUAAAUACCUGCUUACAUACAAAAAAUUGACGCAACCACUUUUCAUUUUUAAAAUUUUUGGACCACAAAUAACGAGAAAUUAAUCAUGGAACGCAAUAGUAACGAACAAUAUGAGCAUGAAAUAGAAAAACCAAUUGUAAGAACAUCUGAAAUUUACAUUGACGCUGUUAAGAAUCUACCACACAGAUUUGAGUAUCCUCAUAUGAUGACUGGUUAUGGAGUGCAAAAUUGCAACUCAAAUGGAUUUUAUAAAACCACUAAUUCUGAUUAUGGCUGGUACAGACCAAAUCAACAUACUGUACCCCACAAAUACUUCCCAAAAGGUCAAAAAUUUUCUAACAGUCUAACCAGAUGUGGAAUGUACAAAAAUCAUACACUAAAUAUGAUAUAAAUUUGAAUAAUAAAUAUUAUUAUUUUUUACCAAUUAUUUAAUAAAAUAUUAUCGAAAAAUUAAAUCAAUAAUAAAUAAAAAAGUAAAAGCUAAAA